GCUAUAAGAAGCAAGGCAGGAGCCUUGUUGCUCUGUGGGCCUCUCUGAUCUAGGGUUUUGCGGGCCGUUUUGGCGAUCGUUUUGGGUUUUGAUCAUCUGGGUCUCGUUCACUUUCAUCGAAGCUUGAACCUUUUGUGGGAGUUUGGAUGAGAUUCAUCUCAAAUCGUAGUAGGUUAUCUAGUUCUUUGCAUUUGAAUGGCUCGGUUGGUUCUGCCGUGCAAAAGUUCGGGGUUUGCGAGGGCGGGUCUAUUGGGCUUGAUCUCCUCCGUUCCCACUAAAUGCCGUGUUAGUUUUUUGGAGAAUUCAGCAAGAAAAAUCUCUAGAUAUAGGCGCAUCCUUACUUCAGAGACUCUGUAUCAAAGGAGUCGUUGCUUUUCAUAUCUUUCACAAUCUGGAGUUCGGCAAGCCAACAGGAGGCUAAUUUGUUCGGUUGCCACAGGAACCUUGCAAAAGCUAGUUGAAGAACCUGCAAUGGAUUCACCAAAAGAAAUCUUUUUGAAGGAUUACAAGAUGCCUGAUUACUAUUUUGAUACGGUGGAUUUGAAAUUUUUAUUGGGCGAAGAGAAAACUAUUGUUAGCUCAAAAAUAACUGUGUCCCCCAGAGUUGAAGGUUCUUAUCCUCUGGUUUUGAAUGGACACGAUCUAAAGCUAGUCUCUAUUUGGAUCAACAGCAAGGAACUCAAGGAGGGUGAAUACCAGUUGGACUCACGCCAUUUGAUGCUCCCAUCACCACCAAGCGGUAUAUUUACUUUGGAAAUUGUUACUGAGAUAUAUCCUCAGAAGAAUACAUCAUUAGAGGGGCUUUACAAGUCAUCUGGGAAUUUCUGUACACAAUGUGAAGCUGAGGGUUUCCGGAAAAUAACAUUUUAUCAGGACCGCCCAGAUAUCAUGGCAAAGUACACUUGCCGCAUUGAAGCUGAGAAGUCUUUGUACCCUGUAUUAUUGUCUAAUGGAAAUCUCAUAGAACAGGGGGACCUUGAGGGUGGUAGGCAUUAUGCCCUUUGGGAGGAUCCCUUCAAGAAACCCUGCUACUUGUUUGCCUUAGUUGCUGGGCAGUUGGAGAGCAGAGAUGAUAUUUUUGUGACCCGUUCUGGUAGAAAGGUCUCCCUCAGGAUCUGGACCCCUGCACAAGACGUACCAAAGACUGCUCAUGCCAUGUAUUCGCUUAAGGCGGCUAUGAAAUGGGAUGAGGAUGUGUUCGGUCUUGAGUAUGAUCUGGAUCUCUUUAAUAUUGUGGCUGUUCCAGAUUUUAACAUGGGAGCCAUGGAAAACAAGAGUUUGAAUAUCUUCAAUUCAAAGCUUGUCCUGGCAUCACCAGAAACUGCUUCAGAUGGAGAUCAUGCAGCAAUCUUGGGAGUUAUUGGCCAUGAGUACUUCCACAACUGGACUGGCAACAGAGUGACAUGUCGUGACUGGUUCCAGCUCAGCCUAAAAGAAGGUCUCACUGUUUUCCGAGAUCAGGAAUUUUCAUCUGACAUGGGGAGCCGUACUGUGAAGCGGAUUGCUGAUGUUUCAAAGCUUCGAAAUUAUCAGUUUCCACAGGAUGCUGGUCCCAUGGCUCAUCCUGUACGUCCACAUUCUUACAUUAAGAUGGACAAUUUCUACACAGUGACGGUGUAUGAAAAGGGAGCUGAAGUUGUCAGGAUGUACAAAACCUUACUGGGGAGUCAAGGGUUCAGAAAAGGCAUGGAUCUUUAUUUCAAGAGACAUGAUGGUCAAGCUGUAACCUGUGAAGAUUUUUUCGCUGCCAUGCGAGAUGCCAAUGGUGCUGAUUUUGCUAAUUUCUUACAAUGGUACUCCCAAGCUGGGACCCCUUCUGUCAAAGUAUCAUCAUCUUACAAUGCUGAAGCUCAUACUUUCUCUUUGAAGUUCAGUCAAGAGGUACCACCCACUCCAGGGCAACCAGUAAAAGAACCCAUGUUCAUUCCCGUAGCAGUUGGUUUGCUCGACUCAACAGGCAAGGAGAUUCCUCUUUCCUCUGUGUAUCAUGAUGGAACAUUGCAGUCUGUUGCAAGCAACAACCAGCCAGUAUAUACAACGGUGCUUCGAGUGACCAAGAAAGAGGAAGAGUUUUUGUUUUCCGAUAUAUUUGAACGGCCAGUUCCAUCUCUAUUGAGGGGCUAUAGUGCUCCUAUUCGUCUUGAAUCCGAUCUCACCGACAGUGAUCUGUUUUUCCUUCUUGCUCAUGAUGCUGAUGAAUUCAACCGUUGGGAGGCUGGACAAGUGCUGGCACGCAAGUUGAUGCUAAACUUGGUGGCUGAUUUCCAACAAAACAAGCCAUUAGUUCUUAAUCAAAAUUUUGUGGAUGGACUCAGAAGCAUACUCUCUGACUCUAGCUUGGAUAAAGAGUUUAUUGCCAAAGCGAUAACUCUACCUGGUGAAGGUGAAAUAAUGGACGUGAUGGAAAUUGCUGAUCCUGAUGCUGUUCAUGCUGUUCGUACUUUUAUCAGGAAGCAGCUUGCUUUGGAACUGGAAGCAGAGUUACUCACAACAGUUGAAAAAAAUAGGAGCUCAGAAGAGUACGUGUUUAAUCAUCCUAAUAUGGCAAGACGAGCUUUGAAGAGUGUUGCUUUAGCAUAUCUCGCAUUGCUUGAAGAUCCCAAGUAUACCGAGCUUGCGCUGCAUGAGUAUAGAACUGCCACAAAUAUGACUGAGCAAUUUUCAGCUUUGGUGGCCAUUGUGCAGAACCCUGGUAAAACUCGUGAUGAUGUGCUGGCCGACUUCUAUAGCAAGUGGCAGCAUGACUUUUUGGUUGUGAAUAAAUGGUUUGCCCUUCAAGCCAUGUCUGACAUUCCUGGUAAUGUCGAGAAUGUUCGGAGUCUCUUAAACCAUCCUGCAUUUGACAUGCGGAACCCAAACAAGGUGUAUUCGCUCAUUGGGGGUUUUUGUGGUUCUCCUGUGAAUUUCCAUGCAAAGGAUGGGUCAGGCUACAAGUUCUUGGGAGAAAUCGUGCUGCAGCUUGAUAAACUAAAUCCUCAGGUGGCGUCCCGCAUGGUGUCAGCUUUUUCUAGAUGGAGGCGAUACGAUGAAACCCGGCAAAACCUUGCCAAGGCACAGCUGGAGAAGAUCAUGUCUACCAAUGGACUAUCAGAGAACGUGUUUGAAAUUGCCUCAAAAAGCUUGGCUGCUUAAAUUUUGUAGUUUAUCUUUGCUGAAAAUGUCCAGAGAAUGCACCACCGGUACCGGGGACCAAAAAUAAAUAUGUUCUGGCACUUUUUGCUGCAUCUCCACAAAAACGUAUGCCCUUUAUGUAUUACUUUUUACUUGGAAUUUGACAUCUCUUUGUUUCGUUUUGUUUUGUUGGGAUGUGGAUGGGGCUGUUUAUGAUAUAUAUAAUGAAGUGUGUUUCUUUCAUGUAAA